CAGUUACGAUUCAAUCGAGUGCGAGAGUGGACAACACUAUUUUAUUAGUUUUUUAUUUGUGAAAGUGAUAGUGAAAUAGUGAUGGCCGGUGCAGGAAGGGGUGAAGGGACAGGCCCAGCUGUGGGCAAACUGGAGUCUCAAAUUUAUUGCAUCAAAUACACACUUUUCUGCUUCAAUAUCAUCCUAUGGCUCUUCGGUUUAUCCAUCUUCGCCCUUUGCCUAUGGAUCCUCAUCGAGCCUGGCUUCAACGAGUUCAUGUCGGUUCUCCAGCUGCAGCCAUACUUCAUCGGAAUCUACAUCAUCCUCAUCGCAGCGCUGGUGGUCAUGGUGGUCGCCUUCCUGGGAUGCGGGUCCGCGUUGAUGGAAAACGUUGUGCUUCUUUAUGCUUACAUAGGAUCCCAAAUAGCGACGUUCGUCCUGGGUUUGGUUGGAGCGUGUGUGGUGCUCGACUUCUCGACAUACGACUCCAGCAUACAGCCUCUCAUCAGAAACUCCAUCGUGGGGCUCAUGAACAACCCCCAACAUGAGGGCAGCAGGGCUGUACUGCGGAUGGUUCAGGAAGGGAUCGGCUGCUGCGGAGCCGACGGGCCCAUGGACUACAUCAACCUGAACAAGCCCUUCCCAUCGGAGUGCCGUGACUCUGUGACCGGGAACGCGUACUUCCACGGCUGUGUUGACGAGCUGACCUUCUACUUGGAAAGCAAGACUGGCUGGUUAGCUGGCAUUGUACUGGCUGCUUGCAUGAUUGCUGUUAUCAACGCAGUCAUAUCGUUGGUCCUUAUUCACGCAGUGAAGAAAGAAGAAGAUGAAGCGAUAGCUUAUAAAUAAUUAUCUAAAUACCAAUAGCUUAGUGAACUAAAAAAAUCGAAAAACAAAAAUAAUAUUGUUAUUUUUUAAGUUAGGUAGUGUUUUGUAAA